CUCAUUCUCCAUUGAGGCCGUGGAUGAACUUAGUCCACGAAUUCAUCUCCAAAUUCGAGCCACAAAAUCCAUACAAAAAUUGAGUCUUUACUCCUCUCCCAAGUAAUAGCAUUUUGACAAAAUAAGCCUAGAUUGAACAAUCUAGAUUCCAGAGGCAAAUUCAACACUUUCUUUUCUUCUCUUCUAUCUGGUUAUAAAAAUAUUCCUCAUUGGCUUGGUGCAGUUGCUAAGCUGAAAUCUACUUUGAACCCUCUAGUUAGAUCCUCCAGUCCUUCUACUUCCAACUAGUUUAUCUUCUCCAACAUGGGUAUGAUUCUUGGUAAGAUCAGUGUGGAGACUCCAAAAUAUGAAGUUGUUCAAUCUUCAGCCGAUUAUGAAAUCCGCAAAUACUCACCAUCAGUUGUGGCUGAAGUCACGUACGAUCCAUCCCAGUUCAAGGGGAACAAGGAUGGUGGUUUUUCGGUGUUGGCAAAUUACAUAGGUGCCUUAGGCAAUCCGCAGAAUGCAAAACCUGAAAAGAUCGCCAUGACAGCUCCUGUGAUAACUAAAUCAUCUGGAAGUGAAAGUGAAAAGAUUGCCAUGACGGCUCCCGUUGUAACAAAGGGUGAGAAAAACAUGGUGACAAUGCAGUUUCUGUUGCCGGCGAUGUACAAGAGGGCAGAGGAGGCGCCCAAGCCGUUGGAUGAGAGGGUGGUGAUAAGAGAGGAAGGAGAGAGGAAAUAUGGGGUGGUGAAGUUUGCAGGAGUGGCAACAGAUCAGGUGGUCGAGGAGAAGGUGGAGAACCUCAAGAAGAGCUUAGAAAGAGAUGGGCACAAGGUGAUUGGCGAGUUCUUGUUAGCUAGGUACAAUCCUCCUUGGACUUUGCCUGCUUUCAGGACUAAUGAGGUCAUGCUACCAGUCCAGUGACUGCUGAAUUAUGUGGUUAGCUCAAUAUGUUUGUUGUACCGUUCUUUCUCUCACAAUUAUCAGAACUUGACAGGUUUUCAGUCAUCACAAAUUAAAUAUUAUAUGUAUAUAUUUUGAGAUUUUGGA